CAAAAAAUCCACUAUGGAGGUGGAAUACGACGAGGGAUUCGACUCCAGUUCGCUGAAGAAUAAUCCCGCCUCCCUCCAGCGGGAUUAUCCGACUUUUAUGGAAUCGAAUUGCUCGCAAAUGUCCGUAAGACAGGAAUUCCUGCCAAUAUUCCCACAAAGACUGGAUUUAUGUCAGAUUUCGCCGAAAAAGAGCGAAAAAAAGUCGAAAAAGAAGAAGAUUCCGAGCCCGAUUAAGAAGACGAAUGACACUAAAUUGUCAAUAUUAAGCGAAAAAUCGGAAAUUCGCUCGGAAAAACACAAAAAUAAGUGUAAAAGUGCGGAUUUGGACGCAAUGGAGAAGAAUUUUAAAGAAUUACUCGAAAAUUUCAGUAAAAAUGCCGCUCUCAGCAACAGUUUAAGAGAUGAAGCUUCAUCGAUCAUAAGCUCAUCGGCUUCUUCACAAAAAUCUCUGUUUAAAGAGAUCAACCUUGCCAAGAAGCUCUCCGCGAGUUACUCGAAAAAACCCGAAAAAACUGGCGAAAAAUCGAAAAAUUGCACGUUUUCGGAUAGUACCUUCCGUUUGAGCAGCCAAAAUGACUCGGACAGUGAUGAUACGAGGCCGCCUUCAAGUCAAGCUUCACUGGCCUUCGAAGUGGAACAAGCUCGAAAUAUGAUGAUGUCAUCGGCUAAAAUUCCGAAGCCUCUGAGCUCAUCGACACCGCGCAAAGAACGACGAACAACUGGAACGAACAGCGAUUCCAUUCGUCUCUCCGAAUCACAGCUCGUGGAGCUCUACUCGAAUCGAGAGCCGCGAAAUUCGAAAUCUGACAUCACAAUUCGACAAUUUUUCGACGAGGAGGAUGACGCUGAUAAAACGAUUGUCGAGCAGGUUUUCAAGGAUUAUCACAGGAGUUUGGAGAAGGAAACUCCGAUUAUGAGAAAUUCGGCGACGGAUACAUCGGGAUCUCUACAUAUUGAACGAAAUCGUGACGGACGGUCGGCUUCGAUGAGCAAUCUGAUUUCGAAUAGUGGAAAUCGUACGAAUUUGACGGUUUUUGAUGGAUUUGCUCCCGGAGCCCUCCGUCACUCGAUAUCCACCGUACAAAUGAGCCCAACCAAAAAAAAAUUCGACGAAUUUCGAAUUGAGCACCAAGAACCUGGCAUUUUGCCAAGAUUUGUCAUCAAAACGUCACUGCGGCCGAUUUUUUCGCCACCACUCGAUAUUGAUGAGAUUUGUGGAAAAGGACUGAGAAAAGAUGCGGAAAGCAAUCUUCGUCAUUUCGGCGGAAAAACGAUAUCUGCACAAAUUCAUGGCUCAAAACCCGUUCAGCGACGUCCCACAGUACCAAAAGCUUCAAAAACUGGCUCCGAUCGUCCGACAACUGCUUCAACGGCGAAAAUUGUGGAAAAACCUGAAAUUCCGGUGGAAAUUCCUCAAAAAUUGGAAAUUUCUCGGAAAAUUGCGGAAAAAACUCUGAAAUUGGACGAUUUUCCAGUGAAAAGUUCAAAUUUUUCAAAUAUUUCAAAUUUUCAACCGCGCCGGCCACCAUACUGUAGUGCCACGUCAUCAGAUGGCUCCGCCCAUUCCUUGGCUACAGUAACCCAGCAACUCAUGGGAACAGUUAAACUUUUGCAUCCGGAUUGGCUUGAUAUGCUCCGUCGACUACUGAAUAAUGCUCUGCCACGUGAUGACGUCACUCUUUUGUUCAAAUAUCAAGUUUUGGCGGAAAAAGAUCAUUUGGAACGGAAAUUUCGUGGAAAUCUAUCUGUGGAAGCUGAAGCUGCUGAUGCUCACUUGGAGCAUUUUGGGCGGAUUUCGACGCUGAAUCGUGUGCUCGAUAGGCUCGCGGAUCUCACAAAUGACGGAGGACAUGUGUCGAGAAUUCAACAAAUUAAAAUUAUUCAUAAUGCACUUUUUAAAGACUAAUUUUCGCGAAAAAUCGCGCCAAAUUUUGAGCAAAAGCACUUUUUUCUUUUUAACUUCUUUUUAACGUAAUUUUUUUUUUGGAAAAACCACCCGAAAAAUUAAGAUUUCAAGACUUGAAACCUUAAUUUUCGAAUUCUCCGUGAAAUUUCCGAAAUUUUAAGCCCCAUAUCGGCCUAUUUUGGUGAAAAACGAAUUUGGAGCAUUUUCAGGGCUCGCGGAGCCCGAAAACUCAAAUUGCUCCGAAAUAGGCCGAUAUGGAGCUCAAAACUUUGGAAAUUUUACAGAGAAUUCGAAUUUAUCCGUUUCCAAUCUCGAAAACGUCAACUUUUUUGACUUUUCUACAAAAAUUUAUUGAAAAAUUGGUUUUAGCGUAGGAAAAAUUCAAAUUUCUAGCUGUUUUUUUUUUGAGAAAAAUUGCAAAUUUUUGUGAUUUUUGCUCAAGAUUGGUCUAUUUUACCCCCCACAUUUAAUCGAUUUUUUAUUGAUUUUUACUCGUUCAAAACGCCAAUUUUAAUUGUAAUUUUAUUGCUGGUCUAACCAAUUUAUUUAUCGAUUUUUUUGGCUCUGAAAAAGUGUACAAAAUU